AUGCUUCACCAGUUCGACUAUAUCUUCGCUAUUGCGAUGAUUUUUGGCUUCCUCGAUGCCUUCAUGAUCGGAGCCAAUGAUGUCGCCAACUCUUGGGCUACGUCUGUCUCGUCGCGGUCUGUGACCCUGAGGCAGGCUAUGUGCUUGGCCACAGUCAUGGAAUUCGCAGGUGCUAUCGGUGUUGGAGGUCGUGUUGCCGACACCAUUCGCACCAAGAUUGUGAACAUCUCCUUCUUCGAGAAGGACCCGGCGGUCCUCAUGGUCGGAAUGACCUGUGCCCUUGUCGGAUCCUCGAUUUACCUAUCCGUUGCUACCCGUCUCGGUAUGCCUGUGUCCUCCACCCACUCCAUCAUGGGUGGUGUUAUCGGCAUGGGUAUCGCGACAGUUGGAGCAAACAACGUCACCUGGGGCUGGAAGGGUGUUGCUCAGGUUUUCGCUGCCUGGGCCAUCGCUCCCGGACUUGCUGGAAUUUUCGGUGCCAUUAUCUUCACCAUCACCAAGUACGGUGUCCUGAAGCGCGAGAACCCAGUCAGAGCCGCCUUCUUCAUGGUGCCGAUCUACUUCGGCUUCACAACUGCUAUCCUCACCAUGCUAAUCGUCUGGAAGGGUGCCACUACCAUCAAGAACCCCAGCACUGCUCUUAUUCUUGGCUGCAUCUUCGGUGUUGGCGGCGGAGUUGCGCUUCUCACCGUCAUUUUCCUCCUUCCCUACCUUUACCGCCUUCUCGUCAAGGACGAUUGGGAGCUCAAGUGGUAUCACCUCUUCUUCGGCCCUCUCCUCCUCAAGCGCGGCCCCGUGCCCCCACAGCCAGAGGGCCACAAUAUCGUCACCGACUACUACAAGACCUUCGACUACGAAACAGCCCAGGCCGAUGGAACCGUUGCCCCUGGACGUGAUACCGCUGAGGACGUCGAGAAGAACGGCAGCAAGCCUGUCAGCCUUCAGAAGAACAUUGACUCUCCUACUGACAUCGAUGCUGAGGAGCAGCCAAAAAAGAGCCCCUUCCAGAUCGCUAAGAGGCUUCUUUUCAGGGGUGUCGAUAUGGAUGUUGUAUCCCACCAGUCCAAGAAGUCGUCGGCCCUUGUUGGUGACCUGAAGUCUGUCCACGAUGCUGCCACCCACUACGAUAACAAGGCCGAGCACACCUACUCUUUCCUCCAAGUUCUCACUGCCUGUACCGCCUCUUUCGCCCACGGUGCCAACGAUGUUGCCAAUGCCGUCGGCCCCCUCGCCACCGUGUUCACAAUCUGGCACAGCAGCAAGUACGAACUCAAGAAGUCCUCCGACGUCCCCAUCUGGGUGCUCGCCUACUGCGGCGCCGCCCUCUCCAUCGGUCUCUGGUUCUACGGCUACAACAUGAUGCGCCAGCUCGGUAACCGCAUCACCCUCCACUCCCCCUCGCGCGGUUUCUCCAUGGAGCUGGGCUCCGCCGUCACCGUCGUCAUGGCCACGCGUCUCGCUCUCCCAAUCUCUACCACCCAGUGUAUCUCCGGUGCGACCGUCGGUGUUGGUCUCUGCGCUGGUACGUGGAGGGCUAUCAACUGGCGCAUGAUUGCGUGGAUUUACUUUGGCUGGAUCAUCACGCUUCCUUGCACUGGUAUCAUUUCGGGAUGCUUGACUGGUAUCCUGAUCAACGCCCCGCAGUUCGGCAAGGCUGUUAUCGUGUCCUAG